AUGAGGAACCCUCACCCCCCCGAUUCCCUCACGGACACCCAACAAAUCGUGCGCGCAAUCAAAGCCACCGGAAACAACAUCUACCUGAUCGAACACACGGACAAGAGCCAAGUACUCGUCGAAUUGCCUGCCCGGUUCCGCUCUACUAUCUGGAUCAAGCGUGGCUCGUAUGUCGUUGUCGAUACUCAGGGACAGGAGGAGCGGGAUAAUAAAAUUCGCGGGGAGAUUGUCAACGUGGUGAGGGAUGAGAAGGCUUGGAGGAAGGCUCCUUUCUGGCCUAAGGAGUUUGUGAAACAGCCUGCUCAAGUCGCUGCCGACUCUGACGAGGAAGAGUCUCGUGUUGGUCAGAUGCCUUCUUCCUCGGACGAGUCCGAAUGA